AUGAAAAACAUACCCGAUUCUAACAAAGCUAGUUCAAAGUUAUAUAUUCCGACGGACCAGGAAGGCAAUCCUUUAUUACGGUCACCACCAACGGGCACCGUCUUCAAAGACCUUCAAGAUUUAUACAAUUAUAUCGAUCCACUCACAGUAGAUCAUGGGUACAAGCUCUCAGUUCUUGAUUCCCGGUAUCUUCCCAUCGAUUCGUGGAUUGAGUUCAAGUGCUACAAAGGAUCAACGUGUCAUGCUCGUUCACCAGGAGACUGCCCAUUCUACGCUCGAGCUGAUCGAAAACUUUCAUCAGACUCCUGGACUUUCACGAUCAAGAAACCAGAACAUAAUCACCCUCGCUCAAACACAGAACUACACUAUCAUCAGCCAAAAAAAUCAAACAAGUUGAAAUCGCAAAAAUCAGCGCCUGCACCCGAUUCGGUUAUCAAACAUCCUUCUAAACCUCCUUCUCUCUCUAAAAAAUAUGCUGAUCACAUCAGACGCAUGAAGAACCUCGACCACGCCACACAGACCUCCCUCCUAGAACGCUUUGAACGUGAAAUUACCCUUGCCGAAUUGACCAAAGGUGCGACAGCUCACUCAGAGCAAGAAGACGAGGCGGAAGUUGAAGUAACAAAGGAUGGAGCCGAAGUUGAAGAUAAAAUGAAAUCAUCGACAAAAUCAAAGUACGGAAUGGAAACUAAAGAGAGCUAUUCAAAUACCCCGAAGUAUCAGAUCAAACUCAAAGAACAAGAAGAAUCAACUUCCAAGCAUGCGAAUCCACCCGAUCAUCAGCCUCGACCUGACAAGAAGGCUGAGAAAAAUCCAUGUGAGACUCCUGAGCAAACAACCUCGGUCCAAGUUCAACAAUAUCUUUGUAACUUCAAGAUCAAUCAAGACCAUCAGUCUUCCAAACCAACUGAGUCUUCCGAUUCCACUCAAGUCAAAUCAACUGAGUCAAAGCCUUGCAAGUCCGAAGUCACACUCUCUCCGAUGUUAGCACCAUCAUCAAAAAUCAGUAAUAGAAUAACUAACCGAACUUUGCCAUUCCCAAAGCUCACAAGUCUAGCACCGAUAAAAACUGAAAUGCCAAACCCCUCUCCGCGAAUUCGACUGGAUGUUCACAUCAAGGAUGGAUCAGACCAACCUCCUUUGUCAACUCCUCCGCCAUUCGAAUUUGAAGAAGAUAAAUUUGAGACCCCAAAUGAAAGCUUCCCAUCCAUUCCACAGAUGCACAAAACCACCCGAAAUGAGUUGCAUAUUGAACAACCUCAAGAUGAAGACUCCACACGGAUUCUCCAGAUUUCUCAGGUUCUGCCACCAAAACAAAAGAACAUUGAAUUUCAAUUAGAAACGAUUCAAGAAUUACAAAAGGAUCCAAACUCACCUACCUCUGUCGUCAACUCCCCAUCAAAAAAGCGCAAGACAAAUCAUGCCCCUUUGGUUACUCUUACCGAAUCAUCUGCUCCGAUUACAUGUGGUAAGGCCAGCCAACUCAUCCUACAAUCCGAUUCCCAAGGUAUCAAACCCAAACAAGGUCCUUCUGCCCCACCGACUCAACAAACAGAGAGUGAUAACAGAAUCACUACAGUAGAUCAUGAAAUGCUAAAGCCUUUACCUUACAUAGAUGAAAUUCCCGCUUACCUGUACCCUUUCUUAAGAAAUGUCACCGAAGUGCCAGGCGAAGGUCUUUGCUCUUUUGCGUCCAUCGCUGUCUGCCUUGGUCGGUCACCAGAAGAAGCAACCAUUAUUCGUAGUGAGAUGGAAUUGGAGGUUCGUAUGCGAUAUGAUUGGUACGAGAAGUACAUCCCGGAUUUGUGUAUCAACUAUGAUAUACAAAAAUUACUCGCAAUACUUCAAAACCCAGACAGCUCAGCAGGCCGAGACCUUUGGUACCCAAUGCCAGGUGGAAUGACUCUCAUUGCCAACACAUACAACCAGCCUGUCAUCUUCUAUACUCAAUACAACGCUGCAACCAUGCACACAUUCCCAUUCUUUUCACCUCCCCCUUCUGAUAUACGACCGAUUGUGAUUGCUCAUGUAAAUAACAAAACACAUUACGUCCCCCUCGAUCUCACUUUCACAUCUACACUUCCUAUACCGAUCCUCAACCAUGAAUGGCCUCAUUUACACGAUCCCAGCGCAGACGGAUGGAAGGACAUGUAUUCUUCAAACACACAAACUUUCAUACGAAUAUCCAAGAGCCUGAGAGAAGCCAGAUUGAAGGAACAGGAAGAACUGCGUUUUGAAAAUCCAAUCACCUUAUCCAUCAGCGGCGCAAGUGAGGAUGAAGAGUAUUCCAACAAACAAGACCGUUCAUCUCCAUCAGUAUCAGUGACUCAAAAUUCAGACAUUCAGCAACCCAUCAAAAAAAAACAAAAGUUGAUUCUUAAAUUACCAAACCCCGACAAUACAUCCAUUGACAACACCAAUAUCUCAGUUCCAAAAUUAGAGAACAAAUUAAUGAAUAAAUCUACAAACGAGAAACAGAAAGAAUUUUGCUUUGAAGAUCCGCUCACCAUAUCUAUCAGUGGGACAAGUGCAAAUGAAGAGUCUCUUGACAAACAUUCAUCUCCAUCCACAUCAUUGACUCAACCUUUAGACAUCGAACAACCCGUAAAAAAAAAAAAAUUGAUUCUUAAUUUACCAAACGCCAACAAUCCAUCCAUUCACAACGCCAACCUAUUAGUUCCAAAAUUAAAGAAUGAAUCAAUGGAAAAGUCUAAAAAAAAUCCACGAAUCAUAUUACUUAGUUUUGAGCAAUUGUCAGAUUCUAAUGGAACUCUAUUGCCACAAUUUGAAUAUCAAAUACAGAGUAGGAAUUGUGCAUCAUUACCGUCAGAAUUGAAAAAAUAUAGAUCUAAAUUAGUAGGAGGACCAAUCUUCGAGUCUAUUAAUCAAACAGCCUUUCAAACUUCUUAUCGUCAAGCUCAAUUUCUGAUAUUCAACGAAUUACCUGAACAUAUGAAUGAAUUAAUUAAUCUAAGGAGAACUGUUGGAAAAGCAUUGAAACCUGUCUUGCAAAGAGAGUUGAUCGAAUUUCAAAAAAGUCAAAGUGUCAUUUUUAUCGGUAGAAGGAUUGAUGUAUCAACUCAAUGUGAUUAUUGUGCGACAACGUUGAUUGGAGUAGCUUGGAUGUGUGAAAGGUGUGGGAAGGAAGCAUGUGUGAUGUGCUUCAACAUCUUUCAAACACUGUCUGAUCAACAUGACCAAGAAAAGGACAAUCGAAACGGUGCAGAUGGACACAAUCGUCAUUCUUCUUGGAUCAAACGGACUGGUCGUUGUGUGAAAGCGUUUGGAUCUCAACAUGACACUUCUUCACACUUCAAAGUAUCACAUCUAGCUCGGGAAGAAAUCUUGAAAUACUUAGAAGAGAUCGAUAAGGUCUUUCGACAAGACUCCAUCAAUACCACACCUCCACCUCCACCUGUCGCUAUUGAUGACUUCAUUCAUCAUCCACCGGAUUCAGAAAGUGAUCCUUAUUAUAAAGAUUGGCCACCCGAGAUAGACAUGAAUCUGAAGUUUCGUGACUUAUUUGAAGAUUUCCAGAGAGCAGUACCCAUGGGAGAGAGCACUAGGCGAACUGGAUUGAAGAAUCUCAUAGCUCAUUUUCCUAAGAAUGCAAACGUACCAGAUAUUGGACCAAAGAUGUACAUUGCUAUGCAAACUUCAGAUCAAAGUGGAUCAUCUGGAUCAACCGGUCUCCAUAUGGACAUGUCAGAUGCCAUCAAUAUCCAAACGUAUGCCAGAUGUAAUCCGGAAGGAAUAGAAGGUUGUUCUUUAUGGCAUCUAUAUCAUGCUAAUGAUACGGAGAAAGUACGUAAAUUUCUCUAUGAACAUCAUGCUCAACAAUUAGGGAUCUCGAUUGAAGAGGUUAAGAGUGGAUAUGAUGAUCCAAUUCACGUGACAAGAACUUACAUUGACGCUGAGAUGAGAAACAAACUGCGCAAAGAAUAUGGGGUGAAAGGCUAUGAGAUUAGACAGAAACCUGGAGAAGCAGUUUUCAUACCUGCGUACACGGCACAUCAAGUCUGUAAUCUAGCGAAUUGUAUCAAGGUAGCUGCCGACUUUGUUUCCGCCAUAUCAAUUGAGAACUGUAUGAAGCUUAAAGAAGAGUUUAGGGAACAAUUGCAUGAACAACCAAAACCUUGGAAAGGCGAUGUUUUGCAAAUGGAACAAAUGCUUCUUUAUGCUUUUGAAUCUUUAGGGAUAAAUAUAGAAGAGUUUGAGUCUGAAAGUUUCAAAGGCUGA